AUGGACGCCACCAGGAGAGCCUUCUUCCACUGCGGCGUCGACGGCAUUGCGCGUGCCACGCCGGGGGAGGCCGAGCUGCUGCCGCAGGUCGGCCGCCGACCGUCUGAAGGCGCCAGCAGCAUGAUCUUCGGCUUCCCCAUGCCCGUGGUGCCCUGCCGGCCGGCCGCCGUCACCCAGCAGUUCUUCCCGGCCACUGCAGCCCCAGCGCCGGCGCAGCAGCAGGCGACGGAGGAGCAGUGGCAGUGCCACGUGCCCGCCGGUUGUAGCGCGGCGGAGCAGUGGGUCCGGUCGGCGUCGAGGAAGAGCCGCCGCGGCCCGCGGUCCCGGAGCUCGCAGUACCGCGGCGUCACCUUCUACCGCCGCACCGGCCGGUGGGAGUCCCACAUCUGGGACUGUGGGAAGCAGGUGUACUUGGGUGGAUUUGACACAGCGCAGGCUGCUGCAAGGGCCUAUGACCAGGCUGCUAUCAAGUUCCGCGGCGCGAAUGCAGACAUCAACUUCACCCUGGACGACUACAAGGAUGAGAUGAAAAAGAUGAAGAGCUUCAGAAAGGAGGAGUUCGUGCAGGUGCUCCGGCGGCAGGGCGCCGGCUUCGUCAGGGGGAGUCACCCAGCACAAGUGCGGGCUUAUGACAAGGCUGCCAUCAAGUGCUACGGCAAGGAGGCGGUGACCAAUUUUGAUGCCCAGAGCUACGAUAACGAGCUGCAAUCGCAGUCUUGGGAAGACGUCGAGCUGGAUCUCGAGCUCAGUCUGGGCUGCGCCGGCGGCAGCGAUCCGUCCACGGUCGCCGUCGAGGCGUUCAGCUCUGAGCCGGGCAGCAAGCAGAGGACGAUGACCCUGACGCUCGAUCUGCCGGCGGUGGCGGAGGGGGAGGAGACGAGCGCCAGCUACCCGCACAGGAGCAUCCUCAGCAGGCCUCCGCCGCCGCCGACUACUGCCGCCGGCAUGUUCUGGCGCCCGGCUGACGACCACGUCCACGUCCAACACCGCCGCCACCCCGGAAGCGGCAGCGGCAGCAGCAGGGACGCGACGACACGCUGCACAUGCAACUCCAGAUGCGGGGCUCUUGGACCGCUUGCUCGGGCUAGAGGCAGUUGUGCUGGUGCUGCUUGCCCUCUUAGUGCUGACACUAAGCGACGACAGAACGAGGUUGAGCCAUCAACAGCGUUGCCGAUGAACAUCCGGUCCAAAUCGUCCAAGUACGGAGGCCACCUGUCCUUGAGCUUCUUCCAGUCUGGGUGUCCCUGA